CUGUGCGCUGUCCACGCUGUGGCGAGAGGAAACGGCAGGUGUCAGACUCGGUUCUGAUAAGCCUUUUGCACAGCUUCCUCCUUAAACACAGCAAAUCGAUCCGCUCGGAUGAUAUAGGGAGACAAGACGCGCGCGCGCUCUGCCAAAAUUGCUUCAUUUUCCGAAGGGAUUUGUAUUGCAAUUUUUUUGGUGGUGUGAACUCUACCCCCCUCCCUUGUUCCUGACCCUGACCUUGUGACCCCAGGCUGCCAGGACACCGUGAUUGAGGAGGCCACCAUGAGUCAGGAGGGGCAGCAUGACCCCCUCCGCACAGACACCCCACCUCCAGAUACACCCCCAGCACCUGAGGGAGAGGAGGAGGCUGAUGGCUCUACUGCGAAAGAUUUGGAGCCCUGUAAUGGGACAAAGACAGAGGAGGAGCAGCAAGGUGAAGCAGAAGACGGAGAUACAGAGAAUAACAGAAACGCACAGUCCAGUGCAAAGGAGGAUGAGAAGGUGACAUUAGAAGAGGAAGGUCGAAACAGUGAGAUUGAGGGCAGCAGCUUAGAUCCUGUAACAGAAAACAGUAAUAGGGACAUCCGUAAAGGUGAAGACACACAGUUGCUGCCACCUCAGAGCCCAGAAAAGGACUCAACCAAGCCCCUGUGCUCUCUAAGGUUCGAGAACGGGACUGAAGAUGACAGUGAAGGGCAGGAGGAUGAGGAGGGAGUCCUGGAAGAGCCUUCAGCACAGGGGAACCUAGACGCCUUCAGCUCCACGUUUGAGCUCUCCGUAGAAGAAGCAGAUGCUGAGGUAGAGGACGAGGAAGAGAGGGAGGACGGCGGAGAGGAAAGGGAGACCCGAAAUCAGGACAGUUUCAGCUCUACGUUUGAGAGCAUCGUCGAGCAGGUCGCCAAGAUCACAGCUGUGGAUGAGGAAGAGGACGACGGAGAGGAAGAGUACGACAGAACGAAAGAGAGCCAGGAUGGCUUCAGCUCCACGUUUGAACGCAUCGUUGAAUCAGAGCUUCUGAGAGGCGGGACUUGCUACAGCAGUCUGGAUUCACUGGACGUGCUGUCGCUCACCGACGAGACGGACAGCUGCGUCAGCUUCGAGGCACCGCUCACCCCUCUCAUCCAGCAGAGGGCCCUAAUGGGCCCUGAACCUGGGGAGCUGGAGCUGGAGACCGUGCAGGAAGGGGCUGAGGGCGAGUCUGAGCUGGGGACGGAGACGGCAAGGGAUGAAGCCAGCUCUGCAAGUCCGCUACGGACCACUAUUCCAGGAAGCAGGUCAGAAAAUGUCUUGAGCCAGCCGGCACAAUGGAGCAUCCCUAAUGGAUUCCACAUUGAGCUGCCUGGGAAUGGAGAGAGUGGAGGAACGAUGCCAAACUCUAUCAGUGAUGCCAACCUCACAGAUGUGCUUUGCGACUCGGACUCUGAGUUGGGCAGCGUGGACACGUUGGAGAGGGGCAGCACGGAUACACUCGCCAACGGCUGCCGCGUCGACACAGAUGCUGCCAAACGACUGGCUAAGAGGCUCUUCUAUCUGGAGGGCUUCAAACGCUGUGAUGUGGCACGACACCUGGGCAAGAAUAAUGAAUUCAGCCAGUUGGUGGCAUCGGAGUACCUGAGCUUCUUUGAUUUCACGGGGUUGUCAUUAGACAGAGCGCUAAGGAACUUCCUGAAGGCGUUUCCUCUGAUGGGAGAGACGCAGGAGAGAGAACGUGUGCUGGUGCACUUCUCCAAACGCUUCUGUCACUGUAACCCAGAAGCUCUCACCUCAGAGGAUGGCGCUCACACACUGACCUGUGCACUUAUGCUUCUUAACACAGACCUGCAUGGACACGUGAAUAUUGGGAAGAAGAUGUCUUGCCAGCAGUUCAUUAGCAAUCUGGACGGCCUCAACGACGGCAAAGUUUUUUCCAAAGAAUUGCUCAAGGUGCUCUAUAACUCAAUAAAGAACGAGAAGCUGGAGUGGGCGAUCGAGGAAGAGGAGUUGAGGAAGAGUCUGUCGGAGCUGGUGGAGGAGCAGUGUGAGGCGGGAGGGAAGAGGGUUGUCAGGGUAACGGACGGCAGUAACCCUUUCAUCGCCAUUCCGCUUUUACUCAACGCUGCGACAUACAAACACGGCAUUCUGACACGCAAAAGCCACGCAGACAUGGACGGCAAACGCACCCCGAGAGGACGCAGAGGCUGGAAGAAGUUUUAUGCUGUGCUGAAGGGGAUGAUUCUCUACCUGCAGAAAGAUGAGUAUAAGCCUGAUAAAGAUCUGUCAGAGGUGGACCUGAAGAAUGCAGUACGGAUUCACCACGCUCUUGCUACUAGGGCCUGUGACUACAGCAAAAGACAGAACGUCCUCAAACUCAAGACUUCGGACUGGAGGGUCUUCCUCCUGCAGGCCCCGAGUGAAGAGGAGAUGAUGUCAUGGAUUUUCAGGAUUAAUCUGGUCGCUGCUCUUUUCUCGGCUCCUGCUUUUCCCGCCGCCAUCGGCUCCAUGAAGAAAUUCUGCAGACCACUGCUGCCUUCAUCCACAACAAGACUCAACCAGGAGGAGCAACUGAAGUCCCAUGAGAACAAACUGAAGCAGAUUUCUCUGGAGUUGGAGGAACACAAGAGGAGCCCACCAGAUCUGACACCCAAGAGCAAAGAAUCAGAAGAGUAUCGAAUCAAAGAGCACUAUUUAACCUAUGAGAAAUGUCGCUAUGAGACGUACGUCAGCCUCCUGCAGGCCAAGUUUCGCGCAGGAAGUGAUGAUUUGGAUAAGAUUGAAGCCAGUCUGUUCAGCGGGGAGGGGAAAGAAGGUUACCUGCGCAAAACUCAGUCCAGCCCGUCAAUCAGCCAAGGUCAGGGGGUCAAUGGACGGGCCGGUCAUAAACACGCCCCAGAGCACAAUAGCUGAAGAGCCUUCUUUGUCCUCUGAACUCAUGUGACACACUCACGUCUGAGCCUGACUGCAGUGGGUUCGAAUACGUGAGACAGAGUCGAGAGAAAUACAAACGUAGCAUUAUAAUGUCCUUAUUAUUUCAAUGUACAGUAAAUUUAUUAUGACCAUUAUAUGUAUUAUUAGUAUUAUUACUACAACAAUAAACAUUGUUAAUAAUGCUAUGAACAUUAUGUGCCAAAAACGAAAAAUGAGGAGACCAAGACUGUAUAAGUGGGAAGAAAUGACAACACUGCAUAUAAAGUCAAGAGAAAGUGAACUGCGGCAUCACAAAUGUGUUGCAGAAGAUGCACUGUGACAUGCAGCCACGUUGUGAUGUCAUUUAGAAUUUUACUGUGACAUUAUAGUGACACGCAAAGAGGUUCAUUUAGAGUCCAUUAAAGGGACAGUUCAGCCAAAAAUGAAAAAUCAUUCCAAAUCUGUAUAAUUUUCUUCUGAGGAACAUAGAAGAUGUUUUGAAGAAUGCUGGGGCUUAAACAACAUCAGACCCCAUUUAUUUCCAUUGUAGGAAAAAAAAAAAUAAUGCCUGAGACAUUUCUCAAAAUAUCUUUUUUGUGUGUUACGCUGUAGAUGGAAAGCCAUACAGGUUUGGAAUGACCUGAAGACAAAAUUUUCAUUUUUUGAGUGAACUGUCACUUUAAGAAGUGUCAUGAAGGCACACUGACAUCACAAAGCAACAAUGUAAUGCUUUGGGAUACUAGGUGAAAUGUGCGUUGUUUAUUUCAAUGUUAAAGUCAGUUUAAUUUGUGGAGACGACAAAGUAUUUUGUCAAAGUAUGAUUCUUACAUGCUUUGUUCAACAUCAUAAUUUUUUUGAAUUUUGAAACCUAAACACAAUCACUAAAAGCAAAAAGCUAGUCUAUGAGCAAAUUACACCACGGUCACUUGACUUCAACUUUUCCACCAUUAACCUUCCAACAACAACAAAAAAAAAAAAUUUUCCCUGAAAGUUUUAGUUAGAAUAGCUAGAGCGCAAUAAUAAACGCAACAAGGCUGUUAAAGCGACUAGUGAAUAGAUAAGCUUUCCUGUUCAUGACGAUGAUGUUUAAAGGGAUAGUUCACCCAAAAAUUUUAAUUCUGUCAUUAAUUACUCGCCCUCGUGUCGUUCCAAACCCAUAAGACCUUCGUUCAUCUUCAGAACACAAAUUAAGAUAUGUUUGAUGAAAUCCAAGGGCUUUCUGACCCUGCAUAGACAGCAAUGUAACUACCACGUUCAAGGCCCAGAAAGGUAGUAAGGACAUUGUUAAAAUAGUCCAUGUGACAUCAGCGGAGAAAACUUUUUGUGCGUGAAGACACAAAAAUAACUUGCGUAACUUGCAUGCAUGUGUUGAAUUGUUGAAUAAAUUCUGACGUGGCACAGAAAAGACACAUUUCACCUUUAAAUAAAUCAUGACAUUACUUGGCAGUGUUUGACAUUCUUUACGACAUCACAACGUGUGUCUAUCCCAAGGCUGUGUGCGGUAAUGGCUUCCUGAUUGACAGGUCUGGUUUAGAUGUAGCAUUUGAUGUAAUUGUGAGACGCUCACAGUAUCGGCCUCAUGAAGUAGCCAGUUUAAGGGCUUCACCGCACGUUGGGGUGCAUGUAAAGAUUCAUGUGGGCUGUCUGUAGUGUUAUACAAAUACCCCCUUGUAAUUAUUUAUUAUGUUAUAUUUAUUAAUUGUAAAUUUAUUUUCUCCUUUUGGAGCCAAUAUAUCGGGAAGACGCUUGUAAAGAUGACUACGUUUGACCCUCAAUUAGUUUAGCCCGCACCAUUGUUUUUUAACUCUCUUAACUGAAGAGCUGAUGGCUGAUUAAAGGAUCCAGGGAUAUGUCGGAUGUUGGAAAAUACAGUGUCUUAACACGGGACAGGGUAUGGGACAUUGUAAUUGUAUGCGCACAAGCGAGGAAGGAAGACUGCAAGUUGAGUCUGAGUAUGCAAAACAGUGACGAAGAGGAAAAACAUUUCAGACUGAAAGCGACGCCCUCAUUUUCUCUAUUCAAUGGACCACAAAGCCUCUAUGUGUCUCUAUGUGCCUGCAGAAAAUUCAACCUGGACUGAAUAUUGAGCAGCAGGACUGCAAACAACACACCAUGAACCUCCCUGCCUCUUCAUCUGAAUCGCUGUAGCGAAUGGAAACGUCUCAAUCCUGGAAACGUGUCACUUUUGAGGAAGAAAAUUGUUCUUGAGCCACCAAACAGGAUUUUGAAACUUAACGGUACAAACUUUGAGCAAGUGCAAGUAGAUUUUUAUAGUCCUGUUGUAAAGCAUGAGGACGCUGAAAGUGAGAGAAUGAGCUUUUGGCUCUUUUAUGCUUUAUGGAUGUGGAAUGACGUAAGAGCUGCAAUUUUAUACAUUCUUAGUAAUGGCUUUCUUAAAGGGACCUCUAUAGCCUACUUUUCGCUUUGGCUGUUGUGCUAACAUGAUUUUCCCGUUUAGGGUAGAACUCAGACGCUGUUGUAAUAAAAGAUUGUGAUGAUUAUUUCACCAUC